GUUACUGUUCGUAAGCUAUGACGUCAGUGCAUGCCGAAGUGCACAGUCACAAGUCUUCGACUCUCAGUGAUAUAAAGGGUAUAGUUAGUGUUGGAACUGGAUCAUGGGAGACAGUGUUAGUAAUCCUGAACACAGUAGGUUACUGCGAUUUCUCCACAUUGGAACGGAAGCACAUUGUUAUGCUCCUGGCAACAAACAGUUUUCUUUAGAAAAUAUCCACUGCAUCGAUAGAAACAGUCAGGAAUUAGCUGUAAAAGAGAUUGCUAGAGUUGCAAAAGAAGGCUUGUCAGUUUAUCCAGAUGCACUUUCUUUUGCUCUUGCUGUAUGUUCACAUUCCCAAGAUAUAAGAACAAAGAAUGCAGCAUAUUCAGCAUUGAAAGAAAUUUGUUUAACUGCAGGAGGAUUAUUUAGUUUUGUACAUUAUGGGGAAGAGGUCAGCAAACCCACCACAGGCUGGGGAAGAAGUCGUCGAACUGCUGUGGCCAACUGGUAUAAGGUAGACCCAAAAAAGCUAGCAGCUUUAGUGACACGGGUUGUGUCUCAUCAUGGCUGGACUCACAAGGACUUGCUUCGAUUGGUUCAUUUAAAAACUGAAAAUAAAGCCUUGGCUGCCAUUUACAAAUACAUCACUCAUGGGUACGAAGCUACCGAGAAGGAAUUUAGUGGCGAAGAUGCCUCAUCCGAAGUUAAAGAAAUCCUAGCUUACCUAAAAGCGGUUCAUGAACUGAAACACGCCGCUGAUGAACAGAAAGCUGUUCAUUUAAUAGAGACGCAUGAUCUUAGUUUUGAACACAUACCAACAAAACUGCUUAAGUCAGAAGAGAUUUGGCUCUGCCUAAUUUCAAGACUUCCGGUCCGAGUGCUUGUGGCUCAACUUCCCAGACUCCAUCGGCUAGGUUUUCUUAAGCACAAGAGCCCAGUCUUUAAACCACUGCUGGAGAGGUUAAACACUGAGAUCACACUGGCUGUUAAUAACCUUAAUCCGCUACAGACGUUCAUUAUCAUCAAGCAUUUAGAAAUCUUACAGAAGGGUCCAGCUGAUAAAACUGUUUUUCACAUCCAUAAACAUUCUCAGUUGAAUAACACCCUCCAGAUGCUACAACGUUCCUCCUUCAAGAUGGUUCAAUCAACAAAUAAACGGUAUCUCGUGGCUAUUGAUAUCCGUGGGUCUAUGUUUCAUGGUAGGAAAACCUCUGGAUGUCGUUAUCUUUGCUCUGCUGAUGCUGCCUGUUUGGUUUUAAUGGCAUUAGCUCAAGCUGAGAGUGGAAGACUGACAACCCUCGUAUUCUCUAAAGAUGGACUUGAAGAAAUAGAAGUCGAUAAGGAGAUGUCCCAUGGAGAUGUUUUUAAAAAGUUGAGAGAGACUCCAAUGGGAACAGUUAAUCUAGCAGGUCCUUUACAGUGGGCUAAAGAAAAGAAAAAAUCAUUUGAUGUGAUUUUAAUAUGUACUGAUAACCAGAUCCAACCAGAAGUUCAUCCUGUAGAUGCUUUUAAAGAUUACAGAAAAGAUCUGGAUUUGCCACAAGCCAGGCUCGUGGUGUGUGCAUUUUCAAGCAAAGAUAAUUUUCUUGCUCCUUCCGAUGACCCCGAUGUGUUGCAUGUUGCUGGUUUCGAUGAGAAUGUACUCCAGGUGAUACAAGAUUUUGCUUGUGGAGUCUUUUAAAGUUGCGUUGAUACUUGAGACAACUUUAUGGAAAUUUCAUGAACGGAUGAACAAAGCUACUCGUAUGUUUUACACACUGAGAAUUUUAUGACACCAGGGGAGGCUGUUCCAAGAAAGACCAGACAAGAGAAACUACACAUCUUUCAUUUAUUCAGUUCAUGGUAUCUUCUGUCAACUGUGCUCAUAAUUCUGUAGUUUUAAAGAAGGUUAAUUUUUCUUGCAGAAUUUCUAUUAUUUAUUGUUGAUAACUUGCUUAUAUGGUUGAGUAAGUGUGCACAGUUAAAUCAACAUCUCCUUUACAUUAAUUCAUUUGUUAUAACCCUUAAACAGUUAGUCAAAUCAUUACCUCCAAGUUCAUGGUGCAGGACUUCUUCCCAGCUGUAGUUUUUGCAAUAUUUGCUAACUACCAUAAGUACGUAAAUAAGAGGGGUUAAAAAUACAUUUAUGUCAAUGCUUGGGUAUUGGGUGAUAUAGAAGUGUAGUAAUUGUUGAAUUAAUAAUAAGGUCAGAUGUAAUUUUUGAGAAAUUGGGCAAACUUCAGUUGAAAUAUUUCUGCUGUUAGGUUUAAUAAAUAAUGCUAUCGGAGAAUAGGUUUUUUGGUGAUGUUGCCAUUUCCUGGUAUGUAAUAAUAAAUUUUUCUUUACACUGUUUUAAACUUUUGCUGUACCCAAAAGCAUGAAACAUCUACCCAAAGAUUAGGUAACACUCGUACGUUAUGUAGGUGGACCCAAUAUUGUAUAUACGCAUAAAAGAAAACAACUGGGCCAGGCCUGACUUUUUUAAUACGCAGAACAAUGACUUGCAGAUAAAUUCCGUUCCUUAAUUAGUUAUAUUAAUGAAAACGUUUUACCUGUAAUUGUAAUAUAAUGAUGUGAAUUGAGAUAACCUUUAUAUCAAACUAAAGGCCAGUUUUAGGUGGAAGAUCGUGGUGUUAGUUUUUUUUUUUCCACUUCUAGCUUUUACUUAGGAUGAAAUUGUGUAGAAAUAUUUAUUUAUGAUUUUCGUAUUUCAAAUAUAUGAGGGGUAAUACAUCAAACUUAAUUUUUUAAUUAUCUAUUAACAUUGUUUACUUUCAUGACUGUUUAAGUGUGCAGUUGUGGAAUAUAAAUGUUUAUAUCUACUUGAGAACUAAUCUUUUGGUCACACCACAACAUCAAAAAAACUAGGCUUAAAGAUCAGCUUGUGCUGUUAUAAUGUGAUGGAUUUCUUUGGGUCUUGUAAAAAUUCAAUUUGUUUAUUGACAUUUAGGUAGAUCAUUAGGUGUUAGUACACAAGUUUUUAAUUUUAUGGUGAUGAAAACAUUUUAUACGAAAAAGGAUCUAUUCAUGUGUUUUUCACUUACUUUUAUAGCAGUAUGUAAAUUUAGAAACUUAUAUUGCUAUGGCAAAUGUAUUGGUGUAUUAUUGUUUUAUGAGGCAUUUCUAAAUUACCGUAAAUUUGGCACCCACACCUACCAUAAAUCUUCAUUGAAGGCUUAUCUUUCAUAAUCUGGAAGAAGUUGUUCUGGAGUGGAAAAAAAAAACUUUUAGUAAUAGAACACUCCAGAAGAAAUGUUAGGUGUAGCAUACUCUAAAGGAAAAUAUUGUUAUUCACACAAUAGUUAAAUAUAUACUUACAAUCUAUAGUGUCUUUCAAGUUUUUAUAAAUCGUUUAUUGUGUUUUGAAAAAAUUCUGAAGUUUUUGAACAGAGAACUUGUAGAAUCCAAACUGUGCUUCACCACUAUUAAACUGAAACACUGGAGAUCAUUUUGUAGUGUUAGAUCAGGGCUAAGUGUCAGUAGGCUAAUGUGUUCCAUGUCUGUUUCUAAGGAAAACCGAAAAGGUGGCACCAAAUAGUUUGUUUGAGGGGGAAAAAAAAAGUUUCACAAAUUAUUUUGGAGCCUGUGACAGUAACUACGUCUCAAUAAUUCUAAAAUUAAUAAAUAAAAAUAUUGUGUGCUCGCAUACUGCCUCAUCCUUCUCUUCAAUUAUCUGAUACUACUGCUGUAGCUUGAUUGAAAGCUAUACCUACAGUUAUUUAGGGAAAACUCCUGUCUGAAAGCUUUGAAUAAAACUGCCUUACAACACAAGCAGAAUGAUUAAAAUAUGAAAAACAAUGUUAAAUACAUUGGUUCCUUUUUUUGGAAAGUUCGGUUUCAAUAGUAAUCCCAUUUUCCUCUGUGUAAGUCAAUGGAAAGUUAUUGCUGUCCGUAGCUUGUUAAGAUAGUACCCAGUACUAUUAGUCCUUGUUAUAUGUUAUCACAGUGAGCUGCAUGGAACACUUAAUCUUUAAUCUCACUGUUUUUGUGAAACUUAUCUAACAACAUGGUACUGGAACGUGGCUCAUUUAACACAGCUGCACAGUUUUAGUAAGUUCUCUCAUCAUUACUAAUAAGGCCUAGCUGUUAAUGUGUACUUAUCAAAGUUCAAAUGCUCAGUUUCAACUAUAUAUAGUUUUAGGAGUUAAAAAA